AUGGCCUCAAACGGGAUUUGUUAUGAGUUCCAACGGACGGGCGGCUGCAGGAGGCUCAACUGCAGAUUUCGACACUUCAGAGACGACCAGGUGCCCGUACAAAACAACAACGCACGCCGCCAGAACCAGCCUCGCCAAACAAACCGCUUCUCACAAGCAGAAAGAGAGCUUCAAGAGUGGCAGAGGGAUUCUGUUCUGAGCCACAAGUUUACUCGAGACUUUGAUGGAAAACUUGAACAGUUUUUCGUGAAAGCACGUCGUCUUAUUGACACCGAUGCAGAUUCUAUGCAGAAUGUAAUUCAAACUCUCGCUGAAGAGCAAGGUCUGCGUACCAUCUUCAUCCUGCUGCAACAAAACUUUGAUAACAAGAAUAAAGAACGCAUCUUCGGCUCGCAGGUUAUGCCCUUUCUGGAGAUUAUCACUCAUGUGAAUGUCUUGAGCUCGUUGAUUCUGUCAAGGCAUGUGGGCACGAUCUACUCCUCCUUAUUCGGUCUCAAUGGAUCCUUUGCAGCCGGGGUCCUUGGAAAAAUUUGCGACAUUCUUGAAAGGCCUGCUGCAGACGAGACAAUUACCCGAAGACUAGAGGUAUCUUUGAUGUUUUUUUCCCGCAUCGUCGAUCUUAACUCGACGGCUAUGAUCCAGCAAAGUCUUCACAGCGUUGCAAAGAGGUUCGAGGAUAUUUUCCGUGCCAUGGUUAUUGCCCAUGGGGAAGAUGAACUUCACCAGGUUCGCGCAUAUUUGGACCGUCUUCAACGUCGCCUGGAGGUUGGAAACUCAAUCCCGAAACGGUCGUCCGUUCAGAGAGCAACCGAAGCACCUCGUCAUCCCCAGAUUCUUCAGCGUGAAGGCCCUGGCGGUCGCCACGGCAAUGACCAUGCCAACAUCUGUGAUAUAAAGAUCAUGCCAAGCUGGGAAGAGAUAUCCAGUACUCGCUCAGAGUAUCUGCCAGUGAACGAUCCAACACAGUGGCAUCUCGGCGGCUUGGUUGGACUGCUAGAUAGGAACUUUCGUCUUCUGAGAGAGGACACAGUUGGCCAGCUUCGUGAUACUGUCCACAAAACUUUUGACAAUCCGUUAGAUGUACAGAAACGUGUGUAUCAUGGGGCAAGUGUCGCGGAUUGUCGGUUUGACUGGUUUAUUGGCCUUGAAAUCGAAGUCAGAUUUCCUCAACCUAAGAACCUGCAAGGAAAACCAACUGCUGAACGAGAGGCUUGGUGGGAAAACUCCAAACGCCUACAGCCGGGUGCGCUUGUAUGUCUGGUCAACCAAAAAACGACAAAAAUUCUAUUUUGUACGGUUGCUGAAGAGAAGGGCCCAAAGUACGAUGUCAACGGUGAUAGAGAGAAACCUGGAGGUGCGUUGUGGAGGCGGCCCCAGACUGCAUCGGUAUUGUUGACGCUCGUUGAUCCUCAGGAGAUGAACGUGAAAUCCGUUCUGGAUCUAUACAAUGGAACCAGUAUCCACUCAGCCCUCGUCGAAUUCCCUGGAGUCCUUCUACCAGGGUUUGAGCCCACGCUGAAGGCUCUUCAGCUGAUCAAGGAUAUUCCUUUUUCAGAACUUCUCAUGCCUUCACCUGAGCUGUCACGAUUAACUCCUCCCUUGUAUUCUCUGAGACCGGGUUUCGCUUUUACCCUUCGAUCACUGAUAAAAAAUCGAGAUGAUUUCUUGGUUCACCCAAAUCAACCGGUCGACAUACAAAGAUUGAGCAUAAAUUCGACUCUGGAUGAAGCUCAAGCUGCAGCUCUCGUUCAUUGUUUGCAACACAAGGUUGGCCUUAUUCAAGGACCCCCUGGUACAGGCAAAAGCUACACAGGAGCAGCCUUGAUCAAGGUUCUUCUAGAUAGUAAAGAACAAGAUCAGCAACGUGCGAGGCCGUGUCUGGGCCCAAUCGUGUGUGUGACUUAUACGAAUCAUGCUCUGGAUCAGCUCUUGGAAGCGUUACUAGACAAAGACAUCACCUCGAAUAUCAUUCGAAUCGGUGGUCAGUCCAAAUCAGAGAGACUAGCCUCAUUGAAUCUAUGCGCUGUUGCAAAAGGCGUGGAGAAAACGAAGAUGGAGAAGGGCUUCUCAUCUCAGGAGCGUCGUGGGAUGCAACAGGUUGAAGUCGACUUCAACAAGCUAUAUCUCCAGAAAGAAGUCUCUCCUACUGAGCUAAUAAACUUUCUUCGCAUGUAUUAUCCACACCAUGCCCAAGAAUUGUUUGGGCAGGAUCAGGAUGAAUUUCAAUCUGCCACAUCCGAAACCCCUAGCUUUAUCAUCGAGAGUUGGGUGAAUUCGGGUCUCACGCUAAAGUGCGAACCUCGGAGCGUGGAAGAACUACAGCCUGCUAAGCUGUACGACAUGUCCCACGAGGAGCGCCAGAUUGUUCACAAUCAUUGGGCUGAAGAAAUCCGGGCAACGGCCUACAAAGCGGCCAUUGAGAUGGUCAACUCCCACACCCUUGCCAAAUCUCGGUAUAACCAUAUCCAGGAUGAACUGUAUCUCCGUUGUCUGCAUGAUGCGGACAUUGUAGGAAUGACGACGUCGGGUCUUGCCAAGAGAUUGAAGAUGCUUCAAAAUUUACAGUGCAAGGUUGUCUUAUGUGAGGAGGCCGGAGAAGUCCUCGAAUCUCAUCUUCUGACAGCUCUUCUUCCUAAACUAGAGCAUUUGAUCCUCAUUGGAGAUCAUCAACAGUUGCCACCGCAUGUUCAAAACUAUGAUCUCUCCAGAGAAAACCAAAAUGGUGGAUCACAGUAUUCCCUUGACGUGUCGCUCUUUGAGAGAUUGGUAAAUUCGAACGACAAUCCAAUGGGAUGUGGGCUACCCUUCAAAGUCUUAAAGACGCAGCGACGAAUGCAUUCUUCAAUCGCGCAGCUCAUUCGUGAUCCUUCGUAUCCGCACCUCAAGGAUCACCAGAUCGUUUCAAACUAUCCUGAAGUACUUGGGAUGAAGAGAAGACUAUUUUGGUUGGAUCACCGGGUCCCAGAAGGCCAACUGUCAGACGUGGAAGAAGCGUCAACUUCUCAUUGGAAUGAGUUCGAGAUUGAUAUGACAGUUGCACUUGUCAACCACCUCACUCGCCAGGGUGGAUACAAUGAGGGGGACAUCGCUGUGUUGACUCCGUAUCUGGGACAGUUACAUCAGUUGCGACGGAAAAUGAGUGAUUCUGUUGUUCUUGCGUUGAAUGAAAAGGACCAGGACGAGCUCAACAAAGCCGGCUUCGAAAAUACAUCCGGAACAAACAUAUCGGUCGUGCAAACACCUUUGUCCCACGUUUUAAGGGUGUCAACAGUCGACAAUUUUCAAGGGGAGGAGGCUAAAGUGGUCAUUGUAUCACUUGUCAGAAGCAACAAAGCACACAACUGUGGAUUUUUGCGCGCUCCUCAACGGAUCAAUGUCCUCUUGUCUCUGGCUAAGCACGGAAUGUACCUCAUUGCCAACUCUGAGACAUCAAAACAUAUCAACAUGUGGGCCCAUGUUAUUGAAUGCUUACGUCGGGCGCAGUCAAGUGCCUUGAGCCUUGUGAUCGGUCCCGAGACGGAUGCGAACACGCUUGCCCGAGCGUAUGUGGUGAAGUCUGCCCAGAGAAAUGCAUGGUCAACGUUGACCAAAAAGACCUCAAGCUUGGAUGUGGCCAUAGCAUAA